CGAACAUUCCACGAAGAUUAUCGUUUAGCAUUUAAGGUUUAAUCAGUUUGAAGCAUGGCGAGGGGCGAGGUGCUUGCUAUUGAAUUGAGUGAAAUGACUUCGAAAAGUUGUUGAUAUGAGCGGAGGGCUAGCACCAAGCAAAUCUACAGUAUAUGUUGGAAACUUACCUUAUUCCCUCACAAACAAUGACUUGCACAAGAUAUUUGAGAAGUAUGGAAAAGUUGUGAAGGUGACAAUUCUUAGAGACAAGGAGACAAGAGAGAGCAAAGGAGUGGCAUUUGUGUUGUUCUUGGAUCGGCAGACAGCACACAAGGCAGUGGCAGCAGUCAACAAGAAACAGAUGUUUGGUCGCACAAUAAAAUGCUCCAUCGCAAAUGACAAUGGACGGGCCACAGAGUUCAUUAGAAGAAAGAACUACCCAGACAAGUCACACUGCUAUGAAUGUGGGGAAUAUGGACAUUUAAGUUACCAGUGUCCAAAAAACAUGCUCGGAGAUAGAGAGCCUCCCCUAAAAAAGCAAAAGAAGAGGAAGAAGCAAGACGAUGACUAUGAAGAAGAUGAAGACGAGGAAGAAGAAGAAGAAGAUGCUGGUGAAGACCCCUACGAGUUCAGCUUGAGUGCUGUUAUCGACGAGUGCGCUAGAAUGGCUUCUAAAGAUGAACCAUCCAAUCAGAGUAGUACUUCUACCGGAGGCGGCAGCGCUAAAAAGCGCAAAAUUGUACAGAGUUCUUAUUUCAGUGACGAAGAGGACGAGGAUUAGAAACAACCUUCUCCUUACUUCCUCACAAAUCAUUACUUCAGACUAAAGAGAAACUCAAGAUGUCGAAUUGGAAGCAAGAAGGUUAUUCUACGCCAACGCUACUAAGGAGUGAUGGACAUCUUCCUGUGGUCACCUGUAAUACUAGAGGAAUCCCGCCAUGUUAACAGCGCGUGCAACACCGAGUGAGAUGUGUCGCCAAGAAGCACUGACCCUUUCUCAGAGUACACUCGGACAGCGGAGUCACAGAAAGACUGAGCAAGGACUGCUCGCAAAGUAGUGAACAUGUAUCGUCAUAGUUUUUCGAUGCUCGAACCAAUCUAAACUUAUGUUCAUCCUUUUUAUUGCUCAUCACGAUUACCACAAUGAGCCUUCUCUGCUUAAUAAUACUUUCAUAAGUUUUCGCCUUGAAUUCAAUUUUACAACACUGUUGGAUACCUAAAGGUAUUUACAACUAAGUGUUGCUUGUCAGUGCAUUCUUUCAUUAUUAAAAUGUUUUUAUUGCUCUUCAGGCGUCGAGCACAAGAAAUAAAUUAAACUGCAAUAAACUGUUUAA